GGAGCCCCGCGGCACAGGCAGGUGGCGGCGGCCCGGCGGCCCGGGGGCGGCGCUGGCUCGGGGAAGCCACCCCCCCGCCCCACGAGCGCCCCGCCGAGCGCCGCCGAGGCGGGACGCGGGCGGAGAAGAGUCGAGCCGCUGCUUAGCGCCCGCCGGAGCCUCCCGCACGGGCUGCGGCGCUAAAGGGCUUACCCGCGAGGGGGGGUGGGAGGCGGGGAGACGCUCCCCCUUAAAUAGCGCGCUCCGCCACUCGCCGGCGCUCACGCCGCACCGGCUCGCCGCGCGCCCGCCGCCGCCGCCGCCGCCGCCGGACCGCGCCGAAGAGGAGGGGGCGUUCCCAGACCAUGGCAUCCACCGAAGGUGCCAACAACAUGCCCAAGCAGGUGGAAGUCCGAAUGCACGACAGCCAUCUCAGCUCGGAGGAGCCCAAGCAGCGACACCUUGGCCUGCGUCUGUGUGACAAGCUGGGGAAGAAUCUCCUGCUCACGCUGACCGUGUUUGGUGUCAUCCUGGGGGCAGUGUGUGGAGGCCUUCUUCGCUUGGCAUCUCCUCUCCACCCUGAUGUGGUCAUGUUAAUAGCCUUUCCAGGGGAUAUACUCAUGAGGAUGUUAAAAAUGCUUAUCCUGCCUCUCAUCAUCUCCAGCUUAAUCACAGGGUUGUCAGGCCUGGAUGCUAAAGCCAGUGGGCGCCUGGGGACGAGAGCCAUGGUGUAUUACAUGUCCACAACCAUCAUUGCUGCGGUGCUGGGGGUCAUCCUGGUCUUGGCGAUCCACCCAGGAAACCCCAAACUCAAGAAGCAGCUGGGGCCAGGGAAGAAGAAUGAUGAAGUGUCCAGCCUGGAUGCCUUCCUGGACCUUAUUCGCAAUCUCUUUCCUGAAAACCUGGUCCAGGCCUGUUUUCAACAGAUUCAAACGGUGACCAAGAAAGUCUUGGUGCCACCUCCAUCAGACGAGGAGGGCAAUGCCACCAAUGCUGUCAUCUCCUUGUUGAAUGAGACUGUGACAGAGGCACCUGAGGAAGCGAAGGUGGUUAUCAAGAAGGGCCUGGAGUUCAAGGACGGCAUGAAUGUCUUAGGUCUGAUAGGGUUUUUCAUCGCUUUUGGCAUUGCCAUGGGGAAGAUGGGCGAGCAGGCCAAGCUGAUGGUGGAAUUCUUCAACAUUUUGAAUGAGAUUGUAAUGAAGUUAGUGAUCAUGAUCAUGUGGUACUCUCCCCUGGGUAUCGCCUGCCUAAUUUGUGGGAAGAUCAUUGCCAUCAAGGACUUGGAAGUGGUUGCUAGGCAACUGGGGAUGUACAUGAUCACGGUGAUCGUGGGCCUCAUCAUCCAUGGGGGCAUCUUUCUCCCCUUGAUUUACUUUGUAGUCACCAGGAAAAACCCUUUCUCCUUUUUUGCUGGCAUUUUCCAAGCUUGGAUCACUGCCCUGGGUACCGCUUCCAGUGCUGGAACUUUACCUGUUACCUUCCGUUGCCUGGAAGAAAAUCUGGGAAUCGAUAAGCGCGUGACCAGAUUUGUCCUCCCAGUCGGAGCAACCAUCAACAUGGAUGGCACAGCCCUUUAUGAAGCGGUGGCCGCCAUCUUUAUUGCCCAGAUGAAUGGUGUUAUCCUGGAUGGAGGCCAGAUUGUGACUGUGAGCCUCACGGCCACACUGGCCAGCGUCGGUGCGGCCAGUAUCCCCAGCGCGGGCCUCGUCACCAUGCUUCUCAUCCUGACGGCUGUGGGCCUGCCGACGGAGGACAUCAGCCUGCUGGUGGCCGUGGACUGGCUUCUGGACAGGAUGAGAACUUCAGUCAAUGUUGUGGGGGACUCUUUUGGGGCUGGGAUUGUCUAUCACCUCUCCAAGUCUGAGCUGGAUACUAUUGACUCCCAGCAUCGAGUGCAUGAAGAUAUUGAAAUGACCAAGACUCAGUCCAUUUAUGAUGACGUGAAGAACCACAGGGAAAGCAACUCUAAUCAAUGUGUCUAUGCCGCACACAACUCUGUCAUAGUAGAUGAGUGCAAGGUGACUCUGGCAGCCAACGGAAAGUCCGCUGACGGCGGAGUCGAGGAAGAGCCGUGGAAACGUGAAAAAUAAGGACAUGACUCUCAGCAAAGUUUUGAACAAACUCCCCAGCGUAUCUUAUGGUAAAAAGAGAAUAUAAACAAGCUGUCUUAAAAAGGAAAAAAAAAAAAA